UAAAACAUUUAUUAUUAAUGUCAUUAAUUUCAAGAUCUUAUUUAUAAAUGUUUAUAAGGGAAGGGUCUGAGUAACUUCAGGCACAUUUUGUAUUCCUAGCAAAUUUAUUAUUUGGAGAAAAUGGUCUUCUCCACAGUAGUUUCAUUCAUUUGGUUUCUUUAAAAGAACCGUAAAAACUCAUUGGGGUGUCUCCCUAGGAGAGGAUAGUUUUUCACCAACAGAGAGCACUCUUUCAUCCACAUAAAAACAAAAUGCUCAAGUCGAAGAUCUUUUGUAAAGUUUUGUUUCAGGAACAAAGGCAUUCAUUCAGAUAUAAGGCUUCUCUGCUUUUAGUUCUUUCUGGUCACCUGAUCAAGCUCUUGGUAAUUUUUAGGCUACUUUAGUCUGCAUUCCUCAAAUUCUUUAUACUUGACCCUGUAAUUAAGAGCUUCAGGUUCACUGCCUAAAACGUAGAUUCUAUAACUUUCCACUUCUUGUGCCCUCAAAUGCAAGACUAAUUCAACAAUCAAAGCUGCACUCAACUCUGCGUCUCAAAACCAACCUUUUGCAGCUAUACAAAAAAGUCUUCAUGUGAACGCUGUGGAGUCAUAAUCAGUCAAACCUCAAACUCAGGUGAAAUACUAUUUGGAGAUUUGUAAUGUGAUCAAUAGAAAAAAAGCUCUUGAUGUGCCAUCUGGAACCCAAGGAUUACUUACUCUCAUGGCCAAAAAGGUCUCAAGAUUUGAAGAAACAUUUAUAGAAAAGGAAUACCUGACGUGUUAUGGAUUUAUAUGUCACUAACCUUAAUUGAAAGAAGGGUCACAUACCAGAUUCAGUCUCAUUGGCAGAAUCAACUAUGCACCAUCUUCUAAGACUUGUUUUGGAACAAAAAGAUCUUUCACGUGCUGGGGAACUCUUUUCUUUGGACGAUUCUGAAAUAGAAGGAUGCCUAUCCGAAGCCCUUGAGCAAAUCAAACUAAUUAGUUCAUAUCCUGACUACCAGACGAAUGACAACAACCAAGCAGUUGUGGAGAUUUGUAUCACUCGAAUUACUUCAGCCAUCAGGGAGACAGAAUCCAUCGAGAAGCAUGGAAAAGCUCUUAUUGAUCUCUGGGAGUCAUGUUUAGAGCACAAUCUGAAACCUUUUUGUAAAGAUGAAGACACACCGCAUGCAAAGAUUGCCUCUGAUAUUAUGAGCUGCAUUUUGCAGAAUUAUAAUCGCCCUCCCAUCAUAGCAUUGGCUGUCCCAGUGGCAGUGAAGUUUCUCCAGAGAGGUAACAAAGAAUUGUGCAGGAAUUUAUCCAGUUACCUCUCACUUGCUGCAAUCAGUAAAGCAGAGCUUCUUGUGGAACACACAGAAAGUAUUGUAAAAAGUAUCCUGCAAGGGAAUUCCACGUUGCUCCGUGUAUUGCCUUCUUUGUAUGAAAAGCAACAAGAACCUUUAAGCAACCACCUGAGAGAAUUGGUAGGACUGAUGCCUCAUCUGGAACCAUCUGAACAGCAACAUCUUCUACAGCUUUUGCUAACCGUUGCAAAGAAAAAGCAGCCCAAGGUUCUCAAAGAAUGUAUUUCUUCUCUAAUUGAUCAUCUAAGAGAUCCUCUUUAUAACGACAUUGUCCUAGACAUAUUCAUAGAAAUAUCAGAUUAUGAACCAGAACUCUUGGCCAAUUUACUGCCUGUACUGAAAGAAACUGGGGAGACUUUUCCUAAUUUGAUAGGGCAAAUGGCAAAGAUUUUUGGAGCUGUUGGACAAGUUGAUGAGGAACGAGCUCGGAUCUGCCUGGUGUAUUUGCUUAAUCAGCUGGGAAACAUGGAACAUUCUUUCCACCAUAUCAUUUUGUUGGAGAUCAAAUACAUCACUGACCUCUUCUCCAACAUCUUGGGUAUCCAAAGCAGAGAUAUUUAUCGUAUGAGUAACAGUUUCACUGCUGUAGCUAAACAUCUCAUUCAACAGCUGAAAAACAACACGAGUUCGGAAUGCAGGUCCCAAAGUUUAGUAGUGCAUGCUGGUCAUACAAAGGACAUCCAUGCAGACAGAAAAGGAGAAGGGGAGAAUGAAAAUGUUACAGCCAGCAUCUCUUUCACUGAUCUGUAUUUGAGCCAAGAAACCGACAAAUUGCCUUCCAGUGCAAUCUCUGAAGAGUCCCAGCUGGAGCAAUCCUCACAUUCACGCCCAAGUAUCAAAUGUUCAGAACCAGAGAAUCUGCCAGAACCUGUUAAAGAAAGCUGCCACGAAGAGAACCCAAAGAUCAUAAAGAACCCCAUGGAGUAUCAAGAUAAGCUUUACUUUCACUUAAAAGAAAAUCUCUCUAAAGUGAAAGCAUAUGUCAUGGAGAUGGGGAAGAAAAUUCCAUUCCCAGACGAGUGUCUUAUAGAAGAUACAGUUAAAAGUUGUGUAGCAAAGUUGUCCUUCAGCUGUCCCCUGAAAGGUCACUACUGCCUGUACAGUAAAUCCGGUUUUGCUCUUAUCAGUCACCAGCCUCAACUUUGGAUCCAUAUCAUGUUUCUCUUUCAGCAGGGCUUGUUCCCAGAACCAUUGUCCAUGCAGAAUAAUUAUUUGCAAGUCCUGAACACCUUGUGGGAAAAAACCCAGCUUAAGGGAACACAUAGUUUUGAAACUGCAAUGGUGCAAUCUACAUUUCCACAUAAGAAGGAUCUGGACCAUGUACAAUUACACCUGGAAGAAGUGAGGUUCUUUGAUUUAUUCAGUUAUAAUGAAGAAGUGGGAGCUUGGCAAUGUUUCAUGUGUAACAAUCCUGACAAGGCAACAGUUGUGAAUCAAGAUGGCCAGCCGCUGAUUGAAGGCAGGUUGAAAGAAAAGCAAAUCCGAUGGAAAUUCAUUAAAAGAUGGAAGACUCGCUAUUUCACACUUGCUGGCAAUCAACUUCUCUUUCACAAAGGAAAAUCUAAAGAUGAUCCAGAUGAUUGUCCCAUUGAACUGAGUAAAGUCCAGAGUGUCAAAGUGGUAGCCAAGAAGCGCCGAGAUCGCAGUCUUCCUCGGGCCUUUGAAAUCUUCACAGACAAUAAGACGUAUGUCUUCAAGGCCAAAGAUGAAAAAAAUGCUGAGGAGUGGCUACAGUGCAUUAAUGUGGCAGUAGCACAAGCUAAAGAACGUGAAAGCAGAGAAGCAACCACAUAUUUGUAAGAACUAUAGAUUUUCUUAUGUGUUCUCGAAGAUCUUUUUCAGUCAUAGAUAACUACAUGGAGUAUUUCGAUAUUUGAAUUGCAAAAUAUAUUAUACAGGCUGUAUAAUGUGUUUUGCAGUGAGAAAUGGCACCACUGAGAUCUAUUCCAUAAUAUUCCUUCAUGAUCUUUGGAUAUCACAUAGAGUAAUUCUGUGUGUUCAUAGAACUGAGACCAUCACAACCAGAAAUGCCUGUUCAGGGGCUGGGCCCUGUUGAAGAGAUGGAGGAUGCAUACAUAAGUAUUUAAAUAAUUGCGGUAAUUGAGAAGAAACUUAGGACUGAUUAGCAAUCUGCUUCAACUCGUCUAUGCUGUACUUUUAAUGCAUGCUUAUACCACAUUUCUUUGGAGUCAUAUACAUGAAUUCCAGAUAUAAUAGCUGCUCUAUUUUAUCCUGACUGAUUCCCAUUUUUUGAGUAUCCAAACCUGCCAUUGUACAGUACUUUCACUGAACCCAAACCAAGGCAGUUGGCUGGCCACCAUUGGAUGGGACAAAGUUUAAAAAUAUCUUUCCCACUCUGAGAUAAUAGGCCAUAAUUUGUAGCUUGUAGGUUCAGUGAUUUAAUGCUAGUCAUAGAGUACAUGUGCAAAGGAGAAAAAGAUAUUUGUUUGAGAUUAUGAAAGAAAUCAAACUUGACUAUUUUAUACUUUUUGCUAUUCCACCUGCCACUUAGCGGAUAUAUGAAUCCAUUUAAAUUGGUGUAAUUCAUACAGGACAACUGAAGCAUAUGGUUUCUUGCUCCCAUGUGCUAUAUUCUAGUUGUCUAGCUGCAAGUCAACCAUUUCUGGAGGGAGGCAGGAGUUGAAGAAAUUGCUGCCAUCAGUAAUGAAUGUACAGCCUCGUGUUCAUUAAACAUACUUACAAAUCUUAUCAGCCUUGACUUUAUGAAUUAUGAAUUCAGGACUUUGUUAGUCUGCAUGAUCUCAGAAAUGUUAUGUCUGGAGUUAGUUCCUGUGGCAUUUAGAUAAGGAAAUCAGUUGAUAACAGUAAAAGAAAAAGCAUUGAUAAUAUAGGCUCAUACACAGAUGGCCUUAUCCGAAGAAACUCUUCACAGUCCAGAGAAACAUUUAUUUCAAUCGAGCAAAUGUUCUGAUCAUAUGAUGUUAUAUAAAUGUUCAUUAUCAAUCCCCUGAAGAUAUAUGUAUUAAAAUGUAUAAUCUAACAAAUUUGGUUUCUUGUACUUCUGAGAUGUCCUUCUUUCUCCCAUCUCUAUAGCUUCCCUACCAUUGUUUAUCUGGAUGGGAACAUAAAACAAAUUUAAUCAUG